UUGACAUACGCCAACGUGGCAUGACGUCAUUGGACUACUUCCUGAUGAGCUGACGAAGUCCCGAACACGGGAUGCCCACGUUCCAACCGCCAAUAACAGCCCGGAUUUCUUCUUCUAAUCCAAUUCGGAUUUCGGACAGCUUCUCUUCUGAGCUUCCGAGAGAAAUCUUCUUGGGGCAUAUAUAGACAUGGGUGACAUGAAAGACAAGGUCAAGGGCUUCAUGAAAAAAGUCAACAAUCCUUUCUCAUCCUCGUCUACCGGUAAAUUCAAGGGCCAAGGUAGAGUCUUAGGGUCGUCCUCUUCCGGACCCGCUAAUCCUAUCCACUCUCGCCCUUCUUCGCAGAUUCCCAAUCCAAAGCCGAAUCCACCUUCUGCCGAUUCAGCGAGAUUGAAUUCGAAGCCUUUGUCUCAAAACACACCUAAUUCCGAUCAGAAUAGGUCGGAUUCAUCGAAGAAUUCAGCCCCUAAUCGCAACCCCGCAAACGGGUUUGAUCCAUUUGGCUCGCUGAUUACCUCUGGGAAGAGAUCACAAAAUGGGUACUCACUAAAUGUGUAUGAAUGCCCCAUUUGUGGCCAGUCUUAUAGGUCUGAAGAAGAGGUGUCUGUACAUGUGGAUAGUUGUGUCAACAACUCGGUUGAAAACAAUGGUGGUUCGGAUUUGGUCGACAAUGGGGCGGAGUCUAAGAGUGAAUUGGAGAGUUGCAUUGGUGCUUUUGUUUCGGGGAAGCCCCCGGCGGGAUCGGUGGAGGUUGUUCUUAAGCUGUUGAGGAAUAUAGUGAGGGAACCAGCGAAUGCUAAGUUUAGGAGGAUUCGGAUGAGUAAUCCGAAGAUAAGGGAGGCCAUUGGUGAGGUUACUGGGGGGGUUGAGUUGUUGGAGUGUGUAGGUUUUGGAUUGAAAGAGGAGGAUGGAGAGAUGUGGGCGGUCAUGGAGGUUCCUAAGGAGGACCAGAUUAGUUUAAUUAAUAGUGCAGUGGCGUUAUUGGAACCACAAAAGGCAGAGGAACCACAAAAGAAAGAAAACUCUCCAUCUGCAACUUCAGCUCAUGUGGAAGAACGGUUGGAGCCAAAAAAGGUUGACAGACAGGUCCGCGUAUUCUUUUCAGUGCCUGAAAGCGUAGCAGCAAAAAUUGUGUUACCAGCUUCUUUCUAUAAUCUUACGCCUGAAGAGCUCAAAAGAGAAGCUGAUAUGAAGAAGAAAAAGAUUGCAGAAUCUCAACUUUUGGUACCAAAGUCAUACAAGGAAAAGCAGGCGAAAGCUGCUAGGAGACGAUACAAAAAAACUAUUAUCCGGGUUCAGUUUCCUGAUGGAGUGGUGCUCCAAGGCAUCUUUUCACCUUGGGAGCCAACUAGCUGUCUCUACGAGGUUAGUCCUUUCAGUUACUUAUUAUUUGAUGUUUAGCUGUUCCAUUUCUCUUUCGUUCCAUAAUUGCUAUUAGACAGUGAAUUGUGGUACAUUGGUACGGAAAUGAAGUCCCCAGACAAUCAGUCUCUCGUUUGGUCACUGCUAUUAUCUGAUAAAUCUGUGUGAAUAAGUUCUAAAUAAGAGAUAUGGAUUUGGUCCCUUGUCCAUAGGUUAUGUGAUUCCUAGUCCAUAUGUUUUUCUCCAGCUGCCACUUACCCGUUUGCCGGGAAAUUUUCUUUGUGAGAGUAUUUACCGGUAAAACUAGCAACCCUUGCACACUAAGUGUUCAGUGGAAAGAUGGAUGUCCUGCUGGGAAUGUCAUACCUUUUUUUCAGUUGAGUGAGUUUGUCCCCAAGGACAAUGCCGCAUGUCAUGAUGAUAUUUUGUGCAUGGGAUUUAUGUACAGCAGUUCACCAAUAUUCAUUUUGUAUUUUCUCCUGUUAUCACAUCUAAGGUGUUAAAGGAGAUUGACACUUUGGAGAGUAUUUAAGUGAGUUCAUCAUAUAACAUGUUGAAUACUCAAUCUCAAAAGCUUAAGCCUAUAGAUUUUGGCCAAACUAUGCUAUAUUAACCACUUAUAGAUCACAUCUUUCUAAUGUAGGACUUAACCUUUCUACACUCAAAUGUGUAUAUCAACAAUCUCCCUUUCACAUGUGACUCCAUCACCACAUUGCUAUACUUUCCCACAAACGAAAACUUACCAAUCUUAUGGACCAUUUCUAGGAUCAUUUGUGUGGGCUAUAUGGGAUUUAUCCGUGCCAUGCACCUUCUUCCCUGUUC